UCGAUUGACGCGUGCUGGGCGCGGGGAGCGGCGAAAAUAGACUCCCCGCGUAUCUCUGGCAGAGCGGCGCGGCGGAACGCUCCAGAGACGGAGCUGAGACCAUAGACUGUAAAAAGGCGCCGCAGCGCGCCCUGUGGACUCUAGAGCAUUGACGCGGCGUGCGCGGCGCAGCCGUUACGUAACGCGACGCAUCCUGUGGAUCUUGGGCUUAAAGCCCAAGAUCGUUCGCGACCGACACAUCCCUACUAGCCAGAGCUAGGGCCUAGAGUAAAGACUAGAGUCGUUUGCGUGGACGGAUGAUUUCUCCACGGGGAUUUCCACGAAAUUAUGGAUGCUACGUUUCCCGAGGAGGAUGACGAUGUUUUUUCUUGGUUUGAUGUUGAUCCUUAACACAGUUUCAGACGCUCUCCAGGUCAUUGGAGGAAGCACAACAGUUGAGGAAAACGGAACCAUUGUUUUCCCCUGCAAAAUUAUUGAUACCACAGAGGCACUCAGCCAGAUUUCAUGGCAGAGGCUGACCAGAGUAAAAGUUCAGAAAGACAACUUCUAUACUAUCUCAGAAAAAGGUCCAAAGUUUGUGAAUGGAAUUGAUGAUCGUUUUGAGUUUGCUGGGGAUUUCACCGCCAAAAUUGGAGACCUCAUGUUAUCGAAUGUCAAAGUGUUAGAUGAAGGCAACUACACUUGUAUCUUUACUAUGUUUCCAAGUGGGAACCACGAGACGACCAUACCUCUGACAGUGCUUGUGCCUCCGGUUUCAACCCUGAAGGAAACUCUUCUUACCUUUGGAAAUGAGGAGGUGCUCCUUGCUACCUGCACAGCUGUUCGUUCAAAACCUCCUGCAGAGGUGACGUGGCUUACUGAUGGUCUUACAGUUAAAGUGAGAACAGAAAACAACUCCACCCUUAAUGAUGAUGGUACAACCACCACUGUCAGCGGGCUGUAUGGAGUGCCCACCAGAGAAAUCAGCAAUCAUUCAGUCCAGUGCACAAUCUACAAUGCUGAUCUGCGGAAAAGGAACACCCUGCCCUUCACUAUAAAGGUCCAUUCCCCUCCCCUGGUUAAUAUCACUGAAAGAUCUGCAAACCAAUUUGAAUGUCAAACAGAAGGCUUUCCAACUCCAGUGGUGACUUGGUCCAGAUCCGGCCAGUCAAUGCUUCCGUCAGGUGUCAGAGUAGAGGCUGCAACGCUGCAGUUUCUGAGUACAACCUCUGACCUUAAUGGCCUCUACCACUGCAAAGCAAAUAACCCUUACGGAAGUCAGCGUGGUGACCUGUAUGUGUACUUUACUUCAGGAUCCUGCACUGCAUGUUGGACCUUAUAUAUUCUGCUGAUCAUCCUACUCGCUGCUGCUGUUGCUGCUUUGGUGUACUUGUUUAAAACCGGGAAACUUCAAAGGAAAGAAGAAGGUACGCCAAGGGAGAUGCAAAAGGUACGGGCAACUUCGACCUCAAGUGAGGAGAAUCAGAGAGUGGAAGAAGAAGAAGCUGAAGAAGAAUAAUUGGCUCUCUCUUUGACAGUUGGACAGCUGGAUCCCAGUUGGACAGCUGGAUCCCAGUUGGACAGCUGGAUCCCAGUUGGACUGCACAGGAUUUUGUCAGCCUUCCAAUGCGUGCAUUUGUUCCUGACUCAACUUGUUAGUGAGAAUAUUUCACUGGGUUUCAAAUACCUUUUUUUCGUACUUUGUUGUUGCAAAACACCUGAAAAAAAAAUCUGAUUUAACAUCAAAAUUAAUUAAGUAAUAAAAUAAAAAAAUAUCUUAUUACACUUAAUAUAUGACCUGACAGUUUUAGAUAUUAUUUUUGUUAUUUUAUCUUUAUUUAUCCAGUUUCAUUCAUUUUCUAGUCAUCAAGAAAUGUCGUACUAUCUGGAAUUAAGAUUGCUAUCUAUACUUGUCAGCAUGCUCUAUAUUAAGCGUAGUGAGAUAUUUAGAUGAGAAGAUUUGACCUUUUGCAGUGUGUGUUAGUAAUUUCCUCUUUGCGGAAUUAUUAAUAGUGAUGAUGCCAAAAUGUUUUCAAGUGUUUUUCCGAAGGAUACCCAAAAGUUUCAGAGAGAAUCUAUAAAUAGACCUCACGGGGGAGAAAAGAAGGAGGAGGUGAAACAUGUUGAACUGAAGGAAACCGUUAAACUGACUUAACAACCAAUGCAAAACUUCUGUUCGUUGUCAGGAUGUGGCUUUAACUGUCAUCUUGUGCCUUAUAUGUGGUAUUAUCUGCUGUGGCCUCUAUACUGUGUUUUGCCACCAACAGUAUUAACUGCUGAUUAUGGAAGAGGAUUAUGGAGCAUAUUUACAUGCACACAGAACAGGCUGGACAGAAGCUGGUUCAAAAUUGGGAAACAAAUGCACAGUAGUGGGUUUGUUAUAUCAACAAUUCAGAGAUCAAUAUUCCUAAGGUUACUUAUUUAUUCGGAGAGGAAGCGAUACAAAAUACUGUCCUCUUUUAGUUGUAUGUAUGUUUGCAGAGUUGUACCUGGUACAUUGUGCUUUUAGCAUUGACUGAGGAUAUAAGCAGGCAAGGCUGAUACUCUUAAAAAUAGAGUCUAAAAUAGACACAUUAAAGCAUAGAAGUGGUUUACUUUACAGUUAAUAAACUAGUACUUUUCUUGGAGCUGCAUUAAAGACCGUCACAGAUCUUCAGCUGCAUAGCAUGCAAUAGCUCUUGAAGUGAAUGGUAGAAAGCUCAAUUUCAUUUUGAAGAAAAAGCUGUUAGUUGGAUUACUAAUAAUGAUUGUUUUUUAAUGAUAAACCAUUGGGAUACUGCUCUGUAGCAAGGCCAAUAUAAGCUUUAUGUCACAAACCACUUAUUUUAGUCUACUGAAGAAAAAAAGGUCUUAUCCUUUAUAUGAGCGUUAUACUUUUAAAAGACAAUGUUUACCUUCUUCCCUAUCAUUUGAGAACAUAUUACUGAUGGGCUAGUUUUCUGUUUAGGUCCUAUGCAGUUAAUAUCGUUUCUUAACCAGUUACAAAUCAUUAUAGAAGGUCCCUGGUAAUUUAGUAGAGGAGUAGAUUUUCUGAGACUCAAAUCCGUCAGUUCCUAUAUGGCUGUAUAAAAAUAGAAAAUGGAGAUAAAAAAACAGGGGAAUUUUGUAUUUUGAGCUCUUCAUUUAUGUGUAAACACUAUGAAGUCAGACUGAAGCCAAAAUAAGCAUUAAAAAAGUAUUUUUGUACCAUUGAAGUUCACUAAAGGUUAAAAUGAAGUCCUGUCUUCUUCUCUUCUUCUUCUCUUCUUCUUUUCUUCUUCUUCUUCUUCUUCUUCUUCUUCUUCUUCUAAUCGCUGCAUUUUCAGGUAAAAUACAAAAACAUAUAGGCUGUAAUAGUUUGUAGAAAUAUGUUAAUGCAAGAUAGCACUGGCUUUAUGGCUCCUUAUGAAGAUAUUUAAGGCUUGUUCUAAGUAAACAAAAACAAUACAUUUUUUAUUUUCAGGCCACUAUACACUAAUUUAAACGUACUUCUUGUUUAUUCAAUUUCUACCAAAACUUUUCUGUUAAAUGACACUGAAAACUACACCUUUAAGUCAACUACUUUGUUGACUGAUUUGCAAAACAAAACCUCAUACAUGUUUGGACCAUGACUCACUCCUAGCUUGGAACAGGAAAAAACCCUGUGGGUUACAGUUGGUAUGUGUCUACUGUACAGCUAUGCUAGUACCUCAACGAUCCUCACACACUUAAGUAAAUGCAUUAUUACUAGACUGCUGACUUCUGUAUGCUGAAAUGCUAAAAAUUGCAAAACAAUUUGCAUGCCUAGGUUCAAGAUAUACAAAGAAUGAAGUUGUCCUUAGGCUGCUGUUACAAUCCAUAAAGCUAAAGCAUUACUCUGGCUAAAAAUGACCUCUUACCCACUGUAAGCUAGACAUUCACUCCAAGCUUUAAAUACGCUGCUAGUGGUACUAGGGAAUAUUUUGGGACCCACAAAAAAUUGGUGGGAUACAUCAUCUAAGGAUACAUCAUUGUCAACUAACACAUAUGUCUGCAUAUUUAUGGGAUGGAUGAUUCAUCCUCUGGGGACACAGCAUCUGGGAACAUUAUGGGAACAUUUUUGUUAAAAAAACAAACUCAGUCAAGAUAAAAGUUUUAAAUCUACCAAGUGGCAGAACAUAAAUUCCACAAUUCACAGAUCCACUAUAUGUUAAUUCUUAGUCUAAAGAUUUUAGUCCAUUUGAAUUUCAGUCAUAUUGGAUAAAAUUCAUUCAAGUAGCUGUACUUACAUAAAGAUGUGUAUUUUUUUUAUUAAUUGAAAUCUCUGAGUUCUGUCCUCCCUGUUCAUUUUGGGCAUUUGGGGUCGAGCGCACCGGCUGGGCGUGUGCCUCGGUGUAACUUAACAUCCGACUUAGAACUGAAAGGUACAACCGACCUAAAGUUUGAAUCAGUUAGAAUUAAGCAUUGUUUAUAUUAAAGCUGGGUGUAUUUUUUACACCUCGUAGGAAUAGGCGUAAGUAUGUUAGGUCAGAGUAGUCGGCCUGGUUAAGGUAACAUAAACAGAAAAGGAUAAGGUUCAUUUAGAAAAGGUGAUGGCAGCAGGUCUUGUUUAAUGGUCAAUGAGUGAAAGUUGGUUAAGAUUAGAGCAAUCAGUGAUCAGACGCUACUCAGACGGUGAGCUGAUUUGUCGGGUAUGACCUGUUUGAAUUAUCAAAGAGCUCUCCCUCUACCUACAUCAUGUGUCGGAUAGGACAGGACACUGUCCCCGCCCUGCAACUGCUGAUCGCUCUCAGGCUUUAUGUUGGCUAAUUGAAACUGUCAGCUCUGAGCUGUCAAGUGAAUGUAGGGAAACUCUCCCAAAGUCAAUAAUAAUAUUGCAUUACAAUGAUUUGGUCAGACCCCCCUAAUUUCCCUGUCUACACUAUUGUUUCUUUUGGGUUGUGUUAUCCAUACCUCCCUAAAGAUAUUUUGAUUGGAGAGGGGAGUGUAUAGAAGUGCCUUACUUAGCAACACUCAUUGCUACACAAAUGUUACAUGAACGCAUGUGAUGAGACCAGGCGCAGCUGCGACCAAUCUUGGUCAGGCUUGGUGUCACAUAAGCCGUCCAACAUAAGGGAUAUGCCUGACUUAGUUCACGCCUAGCUUGCGCACUCGGCCCCUGAUGUUUUUAUUGAAGACUGAGACGAGGUACUUAACACAAACCUCACCCCAACAAAACUGACCUCAUUCCCAGGACUGUACUGUACACAUUCAUUUUAAUAAAGGUACCUUUUACAACGUCCUUACCCAAUUUUCCUGAUGAACCUAAUGUAAACAUCAACAUAAAGUUGUGCUAAUAAGUUUACAUACCCUGGUAGAAUUUGUGAUUUUUUUGGCCAUUUUUCAGAGAAUAUGAAUGAUAAGAGAAAAACUUUUUUUUCACUCAUGGUUAGUGGUUGGGUGAAACAAUUUUUUUAUCAAACAACAGUGUUUACUCUUUUUAUAUCAUAAUGAAAACAGAAACUACCCAAGAAACCAUAAAUUCUGCCAGGGUAUGUAAACUUAUGAGCACAACUGUAUGAUCAAAAACUCUACUUCUUACGAGUAGUCUGGGAUCACUAGUCUCAUAAUGGAGCAUUAUGAGACUGGAAAUGUUUUGGAUGCAUCGGGCUACAUUAGUGGACAACUACUUCCAACUCACAAAAUUAGAAGUGUCACUUCACCACACAGUCGUUCUCAGCAUGUAAUGUUUUUGUUUCAAAUGGCAGCUUUUUUUGUUAACUUUUGGAGCUUUAGUUACUUGUGUGUUUUCAUAGUUUGCACUAAUAGCUUUGACUCCAAUUUUACAUUUUGUGUUAUUGCAGUAGCUCUGAUGUAUUUAACUUUGCUUGAAUUUUUGGGGGUGGGACCUACAGAUGUAAAAGCUUGUUUUUUGCCUUUAUUGUUCACACUUUAUUGCCUGCUUUUUAUUUGUUAUCAUGUUUGUAUUAUCCUAUCCUUCUGAGUUUAUUGCCUUUUCUUUUUAUUAAACUAUUAAAGUGUGAAUAGAAAAUAAAACUGAUGCCUGAAGCUCA